AUGAUUGCCCUAGACGCGCAAAACAACCUCAUGCUGGAGAACCGAGGGGAACCCGAAGAGUUAACGCUUCCCUCAAGCGAAAGCCUAUACCAGGCCGCGAUGACAAUGGCCACAACUACAGUAACGGGUCAUGGGCGCCGGGCUUCAAUGCGACAACCCGAAUUGCAAGUACCAAACAAGCCUUCAACAUCCCAGCCCACGAGUAGCCCCAUCGACAAAUUUCCUCCUUACGAAGAUUCUCUCGACGCCGCCGUGGGGUCCGCGGCACCCUCAACCCGUCCGCAUCGAAGCCCCUCGGUGAAAUAUGCCCCGGCUGAAGCGUGGCAACCACGAAACACUUCAUUCUACUCGCGAGACCCUCCCAAUGGAUCUUUGAGGAAUCCCAAACAUCGACCCCGAAAGAGUAUCAGCGAAGCCAUCACCACCAUUCGAAACCGCAACGGCAGUAUGAGCGCCAAUGCGCAGGAGCUUGCAGAGGCCCUUAAAGCUCCGGUAUCAUACCGAUUGAUUGGUCUCUGUCUGGUUUGGUACCUGACCUCAGCGCUCACGAAUACAUCCUCGAAAUCCAUCCUGAAUGCCCUUCCAAUGCCCAUCACUCUGACGAUCAUUCAAUUCGCGUUUGUCUCGUUCUGGUGUUUACUGCUAGUGUAUCUGUCGACAGCGAUUCCGUGGCUCCGACAAAGCGUGCCGGUCCUCAAGCACGGCAUUCGUUAUCCUUCUCGCGAUGUGAUCUCCACCGCGUUGCCUCUGGCCGUCUUCCAGCUGGCUGGCCAUAUCUUGAGCUCCAUGGCUACCUCUCAGAUCCCCGUUUCCUUGGUCCACACAAUCAAGGGCCUGUCCCCAUUGUUUACGGUUCUGGCAUAUCGAGUCCUCUUCCGCAUUCGGUAUGCCCGGGCAACCUACCUCUCGUUGGUUCCCCUCACCGUUGGUGUCAUGCUUGCGUGCUCCACUGGGAUCUCUACCAACUUCUUCGGAAUCCUCUGUGCGCUUCUGGCUGCCCUGGUGUUCGUCUCGCAGAAUAUCUUCUCGAAGAAACUCUUCAACGAGGCCGAGCGUAUUGAGGCGGAGGCGGCUAAUCCGGCUCGGCGUAAGUUGGACAAGCUCAACCUGCUCUGCUAUUGCUCCGGACUGGCCUUUUUCCUCACAUUGCCCAUCUGGUUCGUGAGUGAAGGUUACCCUCUGAUCUCUGACUUCAUCCAUGACGGUGCCAUUUCACUGUCUCAAAAGCAAGGGUCGCUGGACCACGGCCGCCUGGCGAUCGAGUUCGUCUUCAAUGGUAUUUCGCACUUUGCGCAGAACAUCCUCGCAUUUGUGCUCCUCUCCAUGGUGUCACCCGUCUCUUACUCGGUUGCCUCCCUGGUGAAGCGCGUGUUCGUGAUUGUUGCUGCGAUCUUGUGGUUUGGCAGCUCGACCACGCCUAUCCAAGCUGUUGGUAUUGGCCUCACCUUUGUCGGCCUCUACCUCUAUGAUCGCAACAGCCACGACGAUGUGGCUGAUCAGCGCGCGAAUGCGGAUCACUUCCGUGCGCAGGAAGCCAUUCUACCUAUGAAUGUCCGCCACUCGAGCAAGCCUUGGGACUCGAAUGGCUAUGCAUUCCCCGGUGCGAGGUCGUUCGAGACCUCCACAGGAAGCACUUCCCACGCGAUCAACUCCUCGAAGAAGCAGGAUGAUGGCCCCGGGCGUGUGCGACCCCGAGGAGCGAGUGUGAAUCGGACCUGGCUACCCGGAACGAAGCAGGAGUCGACGUGGCAGCCCGCCGAUUCUACAGCUGCCGCAUAG